AUGAUGACCAAAUGCCCAUUGAGUGUUCAAAAAGAGGAAGAACACAUAUUUAAUUACUACAAGCCAGGAGACUUCCUGAUUGGUGCAAUCAUAUCUACAACUAGCACUAUAUUUCAACCAUAUGUUUUCUUUAAACCUCCAAACAACAGAUUUGAAAGUAUAUCCAGUAUGAGCUUCUGGCACGUCCUGCCCUUCUUCUUUGCCAUUCAUGAGAUCAACCAGAAUCCAAAGCUGUUACCAAACAUCACCCUGGGCUACAGCAUCUAUGAGAACUUUUUCAGUGCAAAGAUAACUUGCGAUGUCAUGAUGGACUUGCUUUCUGCAGGGCAGGAGAAUGUCCCAAACUAUAGUUGUGGAAAACAAAAUAAUCUGUUGCCUCUACUCGAAGGGACCGAUUCUCAUCUCUUUAAUCAAAUUUCCACCAUGCUGGGCAUCUACAAAAUCCCACAGAUCAACUAUGCGGUCAUCAGCCACAUUCCAGAGCAGAAACACCAUUUCCCUUUUUUCUAUCGAGUGAGUCCAAAACAAGAACCUCCUCACUUGGCAAUUGUCAAGUUGCUCCUGCAUUUCCGAUGGACAUGGAUCGGCCUCACUGCUCUGGACAAUGAAAGCGGAGAAAAGUUCAGAAGAACCUUUGUGCCAGAAGCCGUAAGGAAAGGUGUCUGUGUUGCCUUCUCAGAAAUCUUACCCAUGGUUAUUAGAGCAGUGGGGAAAAAGAACAUCUUUGAAUAUUUUACUGACACUAAAGUGAAAAGUAUUGUUUGUCAGUUGGACUUUCAGGCCACAAUAAUAUUAGCAGUAGUAAUACGAGAAAUUGACAGUAGUGAAAUCCUGUUUGGGGGAAAAGUAUGGAUUGCCACAGCUUUGUCAGGUAUAAGCGUGAGACUUUUUUAUCGGUUGCUUAAUCUCCAGCAUAACCAUCUUUUACUAUCCUUCUCAAGUCAGACAAAAAAAACGACCCAGUAUUAUGAUUUUAAUUCAGAUUACUCUGCUACUACGCAGUUUGGGGAGGCAGCAUUUCAGUGUUCUUAUUCAAGUCCUUUGUUGUCUAAGAAAGUUUGGAAUACAUGCCUGGAAAAAGAGACCUGGGAAAUCCCACCCCAGGAUCUGGUUGAAAGAAUCCUGUCUGAGGAUGGCUCCAGUAUUUCCACAACAAUCCAGGUUGUGGCCAGGAUCCUCAGUGCUGCCUUUUCCUCCCAAAUGAGUAAGAGGAAGCUGCCUGUUGGGGAUGUUAAGACAUUCCAGAUUGUACAGCCAUGGCAGCUCCAUCCUUUUCUAAGAAACUUAGAGAUUUACAAUUUUUCUGUGGAUGAUGUUUAUUUGGAUGAGACUGGAAUUCCUGUUGCUGACUUUGAUAUUAUGGACUGGGCAGUAUUUCCUAACAAGUCUUCUGCUGGAGUGAAAAUAGGGGAUAUUGAAAAAGUCUCUUCAGAUAUCAAGUUCUCUAUCGAUGAGAGUGUCAUCAUAUGGCCAACAUCCUUUAACUGGAAGACCCCUUUUUCUAGAUGUACUAAAAAUUGCCUAACAGGAUAUACCAAGCUCACAAGAGAAGGAAAACCAGUGUGCUGCUAUGACUGCUCUCCAUGUAUGGAAGGAACAAUCUCCACACAGGAAGAUAGAAAUAGCAAUUCAUUUUUUCCAGAUGUGUCCCAAUGUGAAAAGUGUCCAGAUGAACAGCAUUCCAACCAGAAGCGAGAUCAGUGUGUCCCCAAAAUUGAGACUUUCCUGUCCUACAAAGAAAUGUUAGGUCUCAUUCUGGCUAUCAUUGCCUUUUUUUUGUCUCUAAACACUGCCUUAGUUCUAGGAAUCUUCAUUAAAUAUCGAGAAACCCCUAUAGUCAAAGCUAACAAUCGGGAUCUCACCUACAUUCUCCUGGUCUCUCUCCUGCUUUCCUUCUUGACCUCUCUUCUAUUCAUUGGUCGGCCCAAGAAAGUGACCUGCCUUUUUCAACAAAUCACCUUCAGUGUGGUUUUCUCAGUUGCUGUCUCCUCCUUGCUGGCCAAGACUAUCAUGGUGGUGGUGGCAUUUUUGGCCACAAAGCCAGGCAGCAGGAUGAGGAAAUGGUUGGGGAAAAGUCUGGCCAACUCCAUUGUCUUGUCCUGCUCUGGAGUUCAGGUGGGCCUCUGCCUUAUAUGGCUGAGAAUCUCUCCCCCAUUUCCACAUUCUGACCUGCAUUCUCAACCAAGACAAAUCCUUCUGCAAUGUAAUGAAGGCUCAAUCACCAUGUUCUACACUGCCCUUGGUUACAUGGGCUUUCUGGCUGCCAUCUGCUUUUUGGUGGCUUUUCUGGCCCGCAAGCUUCCGGGGACUUUCAAUGAAGCCAAGUGGAUCACCUUCAGCAUGCUGGUUUUCUGCAGUGUUUGGGUCUCCUUCAUCCCCACCUACCUGAGCACUAAAGGGAAAUACAUGGUGGCUGUGCAAAUCUUCUCUAUCCUGGCUUCCAGCCUGGGUUUACUGGGCUGUAUUUUUGUCCCCAAAUGUUACAUCAUUAUUCUGAGACCUGACAUGAACACUAAGGAGAAUCUAAUGAUGAAAAAUAAUGUGGGUUCUUGA